GGAAAAAGGAUAGUAAGUCUAGCAACAUUAUUUUCCGCUGUCAACUGUCAAUGUCAACUACGCGAUACGAUCGAUUCUUUUGUCAGACGUGGUGAGGUAACGAAAACCAGAAAAAGGAUCGCCCAUUUUAUUUAUUGAUUGACUGGUUUCAGUCAUUUAUUCGGUUUCGUUGCCGCUAAAGUCUGGUCACAGACUCCGGCGCGGGUCUGUUCAUUUAGUUAGUAGGUAGUUUGAUUUUCAUUUGUGGUGCUGUGAGAAAACGUGCAAAAUGGGGUCGUUGUUUAGAAGUGAGGAAAUGACAUUAUGCCAGCUUUUCCUACAAAGUGAAGCGGCUUAUGCUUGCGUGUCCGAACUAGGAGAAUUGGGACUUGUUCAGUUUCGCGAUCUUAAUCCGGACGUAAACGCGUUCCAACGCAAGUUCGUCAAUGAGGUCCGCCGAUGCGACGAGAUGGAGCGCAAGCUCCGUUACCUGGAGAAGGAGAUCCGAAGGGACGGCAUCCCCAUGCUGGAGAUACCGGGAGAGUGCCCGGAGGCGCCUCAACCCCGCGAGAUGAUCGACCUCGAGGCCACAUUCGAGAAACUGGAAAAUGAACUGCGUGAAGUUAAUCAGAAUGCCGAGGCCCUUAAGAGGAACUACCUUGAGCUGACUGAGCUCAAACACAUCCUUAGAAAAACCCAAGUGUUUUUCGACGAGAUGGCGGACCCGUCGCGCGAGGAGGAACAAGUGACCCUUCUGGGGGAGGAGGGGCUCAUGGCGGGCGGGCAAGCGCUCAAGCUAGGUUUCGUGGCCGGCGUGAUAUUGCGGGAACGCAUACCCGCGUUUGAGCGCAUGCUGUGGCGCGCGUGUCGCGGCAAUGUCUUCCUGAGGCAGGCGGAGAUCGACACCCCCCUAGAAGACCCUUCUUCGUCGGACCAGGUGUACAAGUCGGUGUUCAUCAUAUUCUUCCAAGGCGACCAGCUGAAGACGCGCGUCAAGAAGAUAUGCGAGGGGUUCCGCGCUACUCUGUACCCGUGCCCCGAGGCGCCUGCCGACCGCCGCGAGAUGGCCAUGGGUGUUAUGACCAGGAUCGAGGACUUGAACACGGUGUUAGGUCAGACCCAGGACCACCGUCAUCGGGUGCUCGUCGCCGCCGCUAAGAACAUAAAGAACUGGUUCGUGAAGGUGCGCAAGAUCAAGGCCAUCUACCACACCCUUAACCUGUUCAACCUGGAUGUGACUCAGAAGUGCCUCAUCGCUGAGUGCUGGGUGCCCGCUCUGGACCUGGAGACCAUACAGCUGGCACUACGCCGAGGAACCGAACGCAGCGGAAGCUCGGUGCCUCCCAUCUUGAACCGUAUGGAGACGGCCGAAGACCCGCCCACGUACAACCGCACCAACAAGUUCACGUCCGCCUUCCAAAACCUCAUCUACGCAUACGGUGUCGCCACCUACCGGGAGGUCAACCCUGCGCCGUACACCAUAAUAACGUUCCCGUUCCUAUUCGCGGUGAUGUUCGGCGACCUCGGACAUGGAGCCCUCAUGGCCAUAUUUGGCUUCUGGAUGUGCUACAAGGAGAAGCCGCUGCAGGCCAAGAAGAUUGACAGCGAGAUCUGGAACAUAUUCUUCGGCGGUCGUUACAUCAUAUUACUGAUGGGCCUAUUCUCCAUGUACACUGGUCUCAUGUACAACGACAUAUUCUCGAAGAGUCUCAACAUAUUCGGCAGUAGUUGGCGCAACAACUAUGAUUUGUCCACAUUACAAGAGAAUCCGCUGUUGCAACUGAAUCCGGACUCUCUUGAUUAUGUACAAACACCUUAUCCGUUGGGGAUCGACCCGGUUUGGCAGUUGGCGAAUUCUAACAAGAUCAUCUUCAUGAAUGCGUACAAAAUGAAGAUCUCCAUAAUUAUUGGUGUCUUCCACAUGUUAUUCGGUGUCUGUCUGUCUCUAUGGAAUCACAUUUACUUCAAGCGGCGCAUUAGCAUCUACGUAGAGUUCAUCCCACAGAUCUUGUUCUUGAUGCUACUGUUCUUCUACAUGGUGCUGCUCAUGUUCAUCAAGUGGGUCUCGUACGGAUCAACCCCGCCGCACUUCGGAAGCCAGGACCCGGAGAUAGUGCAGUCGAGCGCUUACUGCGCGCCCUCCAUUCUUAUCACGUUCAUCAACAUGAUGCUGUUCAAGACUGAUGACAACACCCGGCCAGAGUGUGCCGACACUAUGUACCCGGGCCAAAUCGGGCUGCAGAAGUUCUUCGUCAUCAUGGCAUUGAUGUGCGUCCCCGUGAUGCUGUUCGGUAAACCAUACUUCAUCAUGAAGGAGCAGAAGCAGCGCGCUCAACAAGGUCAUCAGACCAUCGAAGGUAACGCGGAGAACGGAGCGGCGGGCGGAGCGCCCAUCCCUGCGCAGCACCACGACGAGGACAUCACCGAAGUCUUCAUCCAUCAGGCCAUCCACACUAUCGAGUACGUGCUAGGCAGCAUCUCUCACACGGCUUCGUACCUGCGUCUGUGGGCCCUGUCGCUGGCCCAUGCGCAACUGGCCGAGGUCGCCUGGAACAUGUUGCUCAGGAAAGGUCUAAUGCGGAAAGGUUACGAUGGUGGCAUCGUUCUGUACGUGGUAUUCGCGGGCUGGGCAGCCAUAUCGGUGUCCAUCCUGGUGCUCAUGGAGGGGCUGUCCGCUUUCCUGCACACGCUGCGACUGCACUGGGUCGAAUUCCAGAGCAAGUUCUACGCCGGUGAAGGUUACCUUUUCCAGCCGUUUUCCUUCGAAAUCAUCCUCGACUCUGCGGGCCAGGGCGAAGAGUAAACAAAACGGGGUCAAAAUCAGUUCUACACUUUUUCAACAACAAUUCCACUUUAAUCCAUACUAUAUAACGUGGAAUUGUACCAAAUUCCACCUUAUUAGCAGCUAGAUACGAUUCUCAAUUUGUCGUCAAAUUAGGGAUCUAUAUUAUAAUUGUAUCUACUAUUCUUACUUGUAAGCGAAAUGUAAUAUUUUAUUCCAAACAAGAAUGACUACAUAUGUAGUUGCUAAAAAGUUAUGUGUCCCAAUAUUUAACUUUGUUUAUGUAUUUUUUUUUAUUUUCGUAGCUAAACUUAGUGCUUUUUAUAUUAUUCAGAGACGAAGAUAGAUAUGCGUGUGAGCGGUAAGCUUUUUGUAUUUUUUAAAGUAAUCCCUUUUUUAAUGUUCCAAUGAUGAUGUACUUAAAUUUCGUGUAGAUUUCCAUGAAUUCCCGAGGCUCUCUGUAUUGUUAUUGAAAAAAUCUAUAUAAUUAAUAAAUUGUAGGAUCAGCGCCAUUCCAGUAGAUGUUCAAUAAAUUAUAUAACUACGUAUUAUUACAAUGAAUAUCGAUGUGAAAAUGUAAAGUUCCGCAUGUAGUAGAGUGUAUAAUUACGGUAAUAAAGGUUUUUCGUAGCAUUAAAAGUUGGUUUUAUUAAAAAAAAUACAUA